UCUCUCUCUCUCCAAGUGAUUCUUGAUUUUCUUUUUUAUUCUUCUUUGCCCACCAGCUGCUCGAUGUAUUUCUUGAUUGUGAAAGAUCCUCCUUUCUGGCUAAUUGUGUGACUGAGUUGACAGUUGUAUGCGACCAAGUGAGCAAAAUACAUCCAUGCCACGCAAGGUGUUUCACUUGCAGGAAAACUGUUCUGUUUUUCAGUUUUUAGUCUCUGGACUAGUCCUUGGAUUGAAACCCGCAUGACUUUGACCCAUUAGAAUAUGUUCCUGGAUUUUUUUUUCUUUUUCCUAACAAUGUUGAAUUUUGUUCAGGAAAUGACAUUAAUUUACCAGAAUUAAUGUUGAACUGAGAAGAAUUUUCUUGUGAAGUAGAGUAGAAUUCAUGCUAUUGCUUGCUCAUAUGCGAAUCAUGUACUGAAGCUUCUUCUAUGUGAAUGUGAAUUUGAGCAAAAUGUAGGGCCGGUAAUUCUUUUUCCCCCUUAGAAUAAUACCAGUAUCCAAGCCUGCCGUGUGACUAAUUCCCCGGAUGCAGGCAACCCAAGUUACUCUAAUUGGGUGAGGUAGGUACUUCUUAUCACAAUCUAAUUCCCUUGUGUAACAUUGAGAAUUACUGAACACGGUAAUUGCAUUUGCAUGUCACAUACAAAAAGUUGUGGAUGGAGUUGUAGAUAUUUUUGCGGGGAGCCUGAAAAGAAGUUGUAAAACUUACUUGUUCACUACCUGAAUCCAAAAAUUUCUGGUGACAAUGUUAACUAAGGAGAUACCAAAGAGGUUUCUGCAGAGACAUGGUAGUGACCUCCCUGGUUCAGUGUUUCUCAAGGUCCCGAGCAGCACAACAGUUUGGCCAGUGGAGUUGGAGUGGAGUGGUGGCAAGGCUCGGCUUGGCCAAGGUUGGCAGAAGUUCACAGACUAUUACUCCAUUGGUUUUGGCCAAUUCCUAGUUUUCAGAUACGAACCGAGCUCUGUCUUCCAUGUCAUGAUCUUUGACAUGAGCGCUUCAGAGAUUGAAUAUCCCACCGAUCCUGUGAUUAUGGACAAAACAGAACCAGAAUGUGAACUUCCUCUGCUCAAGAAGGAAGAAACUGAUGAUAUCUCGGCCAAAAUCUCGGAGGAUUGUCAGCCUAGCCCAAAAAUUAGGAAAAAAUCAAAGUCAGGAUUGGCUUCGGCUUCUCGAAAGGUGAACUCUGGCAUGAUCAGAAAGUGUGCAAGCAGAGCAAGCCCUGCUACGCCGGUUGCUCGUAGAUGUUAUGUGCCAUGUCCUGCUGCUCUUGAAAUGGCACAAGAUUUCAAAUCGAAGCAUCCCAUGUUCAUACUCGUGGUGUACCCUUGUUAUCUUAAAAAUUCUUGUGCGAAUGUACCAGUGAAAUUUAUGCGGACUCAUAUCAAGGGAAGCAUGCAGGUCGUGACACUUAAGCACAAGAAGGAUUUGUGGCCGGUGAAGUUGAUCAAGUUUCCGAGGGACCGAGGAAAGUUAUCUCAAGGUUGGAUCGCGUUCGCAAGAGCAACUCUGUGUGAAGGGGAUGUCUGUGUGUUCGAACUGACUAAGCAAAGUCCCACCGUGCUUGAAGUCUCCAUUUUCAGGAGUUCUGAUUACACUUAGAAGUGGUUUAUUGCCACCAUUAUGCUUGGCAUCAUUUUGGAGAAUGAUAUCAGUAGUGUAAUCAACUAGACAUACAAUGUUACCAAGUUUUUUUUCCUUGUUUUUUUGUCUCUUUUUGACGACCGAUGGAUCUGUAAAUUGAAAUGUCCUAAGAACUGGGCUUUAGCGAUGGUGAAUGAAAGUGACUGUAAAAUUUUCUAAUGUGCUUUGGAACUGUGCUAUGGUGAUGGUGAAUGAAAUUGAUUGUAAAGU